AUGCAAGAAAAGAUACCAAGAAAGAAAACAUCUGUAGAAUCAUCUCAACAACAGUGUUUUGGAAAACGCAUUAGAGGGAUUUUGAACAAGGAUAGGAAGUGUGAUGAUAAUCUAUCUUCUGUUCCUUAUGGUGAAACUAUGGUAUCUGGAAUGCGUCCUAUAAUACUUGGACAUACAUCUUCGAAGAGUGCAUUAGAAAUUACUGAUGGAUGUAGCUUUGUUUCUUCCGAAAAUUCUGUAGGCUCAAUUAAAAGUUGUGGUUAUCCUAGUAUAUCUGCUUCUAGUGGUUCGAAAACAGCUGUAUUCCAUCAAAAUGCUCCAUAUAGAAAAUCAAAUGUCUCUAUUGGUUCAUCCAAUGGGUUUGGAAGACGCAAUUUUAGCGAUGAUCAACGUAGUGCUUCAAGUUCUCGUAGUUCAUAUUCUGAGGAUAUUCAGCGAUUGGGGUUUUUUUCCUACAAUGCGAUAGGAACAAAUGGUGAAUUUUCUUUUGAAAAACCAAAAGACGAUUCUGUUAUUGAGCAUAUGUUUGUUGAGCUUCUUAAUAUGAAGAAUGUUCCCCUUGAUGCUCGUGGAAAAAUGAUGGGUUGGUCAGCUUUUAAGAAAUGGCAGAUGAUAUAUCAAGAUGCUCUUCAAGAAUAUCAAAACAAAAAAAAAUGGAUUACUUCUCAUGGUUAUGAGGGAGAUAAAGGUUCUCCUCAAUGGUUUGUUAGGAAAAUUGUUGACAAUUCUAUUAAAAUUAAACAAUUAUCAACGUUAAGUCUUUCUUUACGGACUCAACCUAUUAGUUGGGUAAAAUCAUUUAUUAAGUGUCAAGGGCAAGUCGCUUUAACUAAUGUUUUAAGUCAUAUAACUCAGCGUGUUAAUAAGCGUGAUGAUGAUAUACUUAAAGAGUUGGAGAUUUUGAAAUGUCUUAAGUCGCUUUUAAACAAUACUUAUGGAGCUGAUGAUGCUAUUGAGCAUCAGUCUUGCGUAAAUUCAGUAGCGAGUUCUUUACUUUCACCGCAUCUUCCCUCUCGGAAACUUGCUGCUGAGGUUUUAACUUUUAUAUGUCAUUGGGAUAAACCAAAUGGGCAUUCUGUUGUAUUACUUGCUAUGGAGCAUUUGCGGUCUUAUUUGGGCGAGCUUGGUCGUUUUGAUGCAUGGAUGAGAGUUCUUGAGCUUACUGUGGAUGGAAGAGGAAAAAUGGGAAGUCUUGUUGGUGCCAGUGAUGAAAUACGUCGUGGUGGAAUAGGUGUUGAAAAUAUUCUUAUGGAAUAUGCUCUUGCAAAUCUUUUUUUGAUUAAUUCUUUAUGUAAUGGUGCUGACGAUGUUCGAGAGAGAUUACAUAUUCGCAGUCAGUUUAAAACAUGUGGUUAUCAAAGAAUGGCUUUAAAAAUGCAGCAGUUUCAUCAUGAUGUAAUAGAUCGUCAACUUGAAAAAUUUGAAAAUGAUGAAGCACUUGAUUAUGAAGAUUUGUUUGAAAAGGAUGCUCGGGAUGAGAUUAGGAAUUUAGAUAAUCCAUUGGAGUUGAUGGGUAUAAUAUGGAAGCGAAUUGAGGGUACUAGGGCUCAAGAUUUUUUUCUUUCUACAUUACAACAUCUUUUAUUGAUACGUGAUGACGGAGAGGAUCGUUCUAAAGUUUUUCAGCUUAUUGAUGCUAUUCUUACUUACGUUGUUAUGGAUCAUCGUAUGACUGGAAUGGAUCCUACUCAUGCUCUGAAUUUUUCUAUACAAGGUGUUGUUAGUAAACUUCUUACUGAUGAGGAAGCUCGAAAGGCCGUAGAGGAAGCUAAGGAAGCUCGUAUGAUUGCAGAAAGGGUUACUAUAGAAAGAGAUACUAUGGCUGCUGAGAUUGCUGCUGGUGCUGAUGGUUUGGUUGGGAGAUUAAAAAAAGAGUUAAUGGAGCAAGCUGAAGCGCUUGAAACUCAAAGAAGACAAAAUGCUGUUUUGAGAAGUGAAGUAGAGGAAUUACAGAGAGUUCAUAUGUUGCAACUUCAGAAAAGUGAGAUUGAAACAAGAGAACUUUAUAUGAUAAUACGUGACGCAAGUCCUGAAAUUUGGAAAAAUAGGAAAGGUGUUCUUGAUAGGAAAGCAUUAAUGGAUAAAUUGGAGAAACAGCUUGAACGUAAAAAAACAGAAUUUAAAUUAGAAGGGAAGGCUUGGCAAAAUGCUUCUUCAAGUAAGCGUUUAAAAGAACUUCAUGAUCAUAUGGAGAAGCUUCAAUUAGAUACAAAUGAUAUUAAUUCUCAGAUUAUUAAUGAUACAAAUCAAGUAUUACAAACUCAAGAUGCACAAGAAAAUUUGUCGUUUUUUGGUUCAACUAGAAUUAAAUCUAAUAAAUACUCACCACAUACCAUUACACAUCAUUCAAGAUCAACUGUACGGUCUAUUUCUGCGAAUUAUAUUCAUGAUACAAAAAGUGUAUGUGGUAUUCAACAAAUAGUACAAUAUAAAAAGGAACAUGUGGAAGAAAAUACUAACUACGUUUUUAUGGAUGAACUUUCUUCUAAAAUAAGACAUUUUAAUGAUAACGACAAUAUGGAUGAUAUUAUUGGGCAUGUUAUAUUUUCUGAAAGUCAGACCGAAAGUACUGAUUUUGAUCAUUUUGGAUGGAAUGAUGAAAAUUUAUCAAGUCAUCCUCAAACUCAAGGCUCCCAAGUUUCUUUUUCUGAUGAAAAUACUAUUCAUAGAGCUUAUUCUGAAGCUAGUACUGAAGAUAUUUCUAUUCCUUCUUCACUGCCUCCUCCUCCUCCCCCUCCCCCUCCUCCUCCUCCUCCUCCUCCUCCUCCUCCCCUCCUCCUCCUCCUCCUCCUCCUCCUCCCCUCCUCCUCCCCUCCUCCUCCUCCCCCUCCUCCUCCUCCUCCCCCUCCUCCUUCUUUUAAUAUGGUUGUUACCGAACUUGUAGUUCCUGAGGAUCCAUCGGAUGCAUCUUCUCUUUUUUCACCUCCACUUACUCAUUUGACGAAUAAAACAUCAAUAAUUACAUGCAGUGAUGCUGGUGCUCCUACAUCUAAUACUAUUUCUUUACAAUCUCAGGUUUUUGUAGAAAAAUCUGGUACAGCUGUUAAAGAAAUUCCUUUACAUAGUGGAGAGGUUGGCAGAACAGGGCUUCCAUUUAUUAACCCGGAAAUUAAAACACAUAUUAUGAUGAUGAGACCAAAGAAGAAACUUAAGCCAAUGCAUUGGGAUAAACUCGAUACUGAUGUAGAAUAUACUCUUUGGUCUCAAAUGAAAUUAGAUCCUAAUGCUCUCGCUGGAGUUCUUUCUAAAAAAGGUAUAUUGGAUGAAAUUGAAAAAGCGUUUGCUAUGAAAGAGACGAAAAUUAUCAAUACUAGGACUUCAAAGAAAAAAGAGUUUUUAUCACCUGAUCUUCAGCAACGUUUUGGUAUAAAUUUUCAUAAAUUUUCGAAUUUAUCUGUGACUGAAAUUAUGACUAAAAUUCUUCAUUGUGAUUCUGACACUAUGGAUCUUGUUGAUUUUCUUAGUGAUGAUAAAUUAUUGAGUAUUGAACAUUUAAAAGCAGGUUUGGAGCCUUAUAGAACAGAUUGGGUUGCUGGUGGAACAAGAAUAAAUCCUGAGAAGAAUAUAGAAGAACUUAGUCGGUGGGAUCAAGUAUAUUUACAUUUAUUUAUUGAUUUGGGGCAUUAUUGGCAAAGAAGGAUGAUGGCAUUAAAAAUGAAAAUUAAUUUGGAACGUUCUUAUACAGAUCUAAUUAGAGAUAUUAAGUGUAUAGAGACAGCUGCGUUAGCUAUAAAAGGUUCUCAGAAUUUUAGGGAAUUAUUGGAUGUAAUUUUGCAUGUUGGAAAUUAUAUGAAUGAUUCUGGGAAACAGGCUCAUGGGUUUAAAAUGACAACACUUCAGAGACUUCCUAUGACAAAAGAUGAUAGAAAUUGUUUAACAUUCUUACAUUUAGUAGAAAAAGUAAUUCGUACUAAUUUUCCACGGCUGGAGGAAUUUUUGGAUGAUUUUAAAGAGGUUAGUGCUGCUGCAAAGAUUAAUCUUGAUCAUAUUACUUCAGAAUGUAAAACAUUGGUUGAUACUGUUUUUAGCAUUGAAAGAGCGCUUAAUACAGGAAGUCUUAGUGAUGCUUCUGUAUUUCAUCCUGAAGAUAAAAUACUGAAUAUUGUACUUCCGUUUUUACCUGAAGCAAAAAAAAAAGUUGGGUAUAUACAAGAUCAUCUUAGUAGUAUGGAAACAACAUUUGAGAAUGUUUUAAGGUAUUUUGGUGAAGAACCUUCAGAUUUGCAAGCUAAAUCAACAUUUUUUCGUAAAUUUGAGAUGUUUUCUAAAGAUUAUAAGAAAGCACAAAAAGAAAAUUUAGAGUAUGAAGAAGAAUCCCAUCGUCAACUUCUUAGAAGAAGGGCGUUAAAUGCUGCAUCAAAAAGUAAUAUUUUGGAUGCAGCAAUGGAUGAAAAUGCUAAAUCUGAUACUUUCAUUAUGGAUAAUUUACUUGAAAAGCUUAGGGUAGCGCCUGCUGAAAACAGAAAAGCAAGGAGAAGACUAGUUGCUAAAAAUCUACAACUUAACGGUUCUCAUUCAGAAAUUUCUAAUACUCCAAAGAAUAGUUCUAUAUGUUCUUCAUCUCCUGUAGAUGAAUUGUCUAUUAAAAUGAGGGAGGUAGAAACAGAAUAUAAUUCGUCCAUUUCAAAAUUAUCUGUAGUAGAAUCAUCUACUUCUGUGAUUCCAGCUGUUUCUGUAUCAUCAAGAACAAUGUCAAACAAAGAUGUUGCUGCAAAAGCACAAAGUAUGCUUGAAGGUUUAAGAUGUGGAAAAAUAUCAAAAGCCUCUGUAUUAAAACUAAGUGAUAAUUCGCCAAUGAAUGACUCAGAUUGUUUAGGGAAUAAUGCUCAGGAUAAAAUAAACAAUAUAGAUUAA